CUGCCACGGGGUCCGAUCUCUCUGUAGGGUGGUGGGUUGAUCCGAGUGCGCAAGUGUUGUUGGUCGCUACUUUGCAUCACCCGUUAAAACAUUAAUGCCCCACGCAGGCUUGUUAAACAUUUACGCACGCUACAGGAGUGCGAGACUUACGGAGUAGAAUUUUGAUGUUUUUUUCUGAGAGAAUAUAUUAAAACAGUGCGAGGUUUCCUCCGGUUUUCAGGUCACGGAGAGUCUGCCCUCUCGACUGGUAACACUGGAAUACCACAAGUCUUCCGACUGUCCCUGUGAAACCUAAUCCCUUGUAUGCGUUAAUUUUGUACGGACCUCCAUAAAUAGUACCUCCGCGACCGACCGACUGGGCUGUGUGCUGCGUUAUCAACAUCAGUCCCCGGCACUAGGGCCCAACAUGAGGGCCGCAGUCAUUACUAGCCUCUGACGAUAGCAUGCCUUUAUUAAAAUUGACCAUUUAAUGGAUGUUUGCGAGGCAUUUCUCAAUGAAUUGGUUGGUUCAUCGAUCGUGAUUGCUGUGUGAGAGAGAUGCGUCAUCCCGGCUUGAGGGAAGCCUGAGCUAGAGGGAAAGUGCACACGGCUAUUCCCCGAUCAUUUCUUACAGAGCGGCGUGGCGCACGCUGGCAGGCGUCUGUUCGCGUACUCAGCAAUGGACGCAGUGUGAUCAUGGCAGUCUCCGGCAGACGGGCAUCAUCACUCGCGCUGUGGCUAUGGUGGAGUGUAGCGCUGGUGUUGUGGAGAGGCUGCCCGUGCCAGACGGAAAUAGGGGGGCACUUGUCGGGAUCUCGGGUGCUGACGCUGGCGGGGAGCCCGUACGUCGCGGCGGAGGAUAUCCACGUUCCCAGCGGCUCUGUCCUGACCGUGGAACCGGGAGUUACGGUGCGGUUCGGCCCCGGGGUGGGUUUGUUUGUUGCCGGUGCGCUGAAAGCACAGGGCCGAGACGAUCAGAGGAUAACCUUUACCCGGGUGGACCACGGGGCGACGUGGAAUUUAUCGAGUCGGCUCGGGCUCGGAAUCAGGCUGGUGGGGGGAAGAACGUUAAACGAAGGCCGCUUGGAGUUGCAGGAUGCCAACGAUACGUGGGGAACCGUGUGCGACGAUGGCUGGGAUAGCCGGGAUACUGCGGUCGCCUGCCGUCAGCUGGGGUACCGAGGGGGAGGGGAGUUUCGCCGCUUCGGCACGGGAACGGGACCCAUUCUCCUGGACGAGAUGGACUGUGACGGGUCCGAACUUGCCCUCUUCAAGUGUCGCAUCGAGACAUUGGGAAACCACGACUGCGGACACGACGAAGAUGUCGGCCUGGUCUGCCAGGGGCCACACAUCAUGCAGCCGCUCAACGGAUGGCACGGCGUCGAGUUCGUUCCCGAUAGAACUAACAAGGACGAGAGGAGCAUACUGGAGUACGUCGACAUCAUCUAUGCCGGGAUCUCCACCGGCCUGGACUCCGCGGCCUCCCUUCGAGUCGUCGGCGUCGCGCCGAAGAUCCACAAGGUUCGCGUCAAGGCGUCGUCCGGUACGGGGAUGGAGUUCGACUCCAUGGAGACUCCCCUCAACCUGACGGACUCCAUCGUGUCGGGGAGCAUCGGGUCGGGCAUCAACAUCACUACCCAAGUGGGCGGAGUCACGCUGAGGAACUCCAAGGUAACCAGUAACGGGGAGGAGGGACUGCGGUACUCGUUCAGACACGGGGAUUACCUGCCGGGACCGGGGGACUUCUGCGCGUUCCUGCCGCAGGCGGAGGCCGGGUUUGAUCAGUACCCCAUCCACCUGGAGGGGAGGUCGUCACGGGAUAAGGACUGCACCAAGGUAUUUACGACAAGCCCAGGGCACGUUCUGACUGUGCAAUACGUGAAGUGGCGAGGGGUCCCGAGAGACGACUCCUUCCUCCAGGUGAGGGACGGUCCUGACGAGACAUCGCCCGUCCUGGGAGACCACCACUUCAGCGAGAACUUGCACAAGAGCGUCACCAGCACGGGAAACGUGUUGUUCAUGCGGUUCAAGACGAGGGGAGCGUACGACGACUUCUUCGAAAUCCGGAUACUCAGCUCUGAAGGAGAAAGUGUUGACUUGUCCCUGAACAGAUGCCUGUUUCAUCGGAACGGCGGGGACGGCGUGGUGGUGGAGAACCUCCAGGGCGAGGUCAAGGUCCAGGAGACGCUCCUGGCGAGCAACGGCAAAUCCGGGUUCCACAUCGCCAGCGGGAUCGGGAACGUUCUGCUGGAGAAGGUCGUGGCGCAGGAGAACAAGGAGAACGGCCUCCUGUUCGACUACUUCGGAGGGAAGGAGAUCAUCCAGGACAGUGUCGUGAGCCGGAACGGCAGGGACGGACUGGCGUCAGCUCCGCCACAGGUUUUCGAGAAUCUAGAACAGUUCGAGGUCCGCAACAGCACCUUCGUCGCCAAUAAGGGACUGGCGAUCAAGCUCAGCUCGACCUGUUCUCUGAACGCGUCCAGUCUCGUCAUUACAAAGAAUAUCAUCAACUCGAACGGGAAAGGUGCGGUUGAUAUAGGCUCAUGCACUAUCGGAUACCGCACCAAGGUCCUCGUUAAAGAAAACAUGUUCAGACGAAACUUCGGACAAGUCUUUGUCAUCCGCGAUAUGAACGAGUUUAACUUGAGAAUAGAGGGUAAUAUAUUUCAAGACAACAAGGACACGACCAUACAUCUGGUCUCCCCAAACGUCCGGUCGGGUCCUGUGGACAUUGAAGUCGUCUCGAACAGUUUCUUCAUGAAUUCGGGUCCCUCCAUCAUCUAUGUGGAUCUGAUGAACGGAGACACCGACGAAAGGGUGCCCGCCCACUCCUUCAUUUUCGUCUUUAACGUACUCGAGGAAAACACGGUCAGCGUACCGUUCCCCUAUCUGAUAGGACGCGCCCUCAGUAACGCCGUGAUGGUCUUCAAAGCCACGAACACUCUCAUAGAAAAAAGCAUCUUCGACAAUCCCGAUUCAAGAUACGAGCUGUCCACCCUGCUCUUCAGUCCGCCGACUAGGUUGCUGGCAACGCGCAACUGGUGGGGAACUAGAAGAAAAGCUGUGAUCGCAGCCAAAAUAUUUGACUACAACAGUCGGUACACUCUGGCUAAAGUAGACUUCACGCCGUACUUGCUCAGUCCCGAUAUAUCCAACCUGACCCUCUCCGGAUCGCUCGAACCUGCUAAUAAAUUCGUCAUCCUCAACAGAACAAUCGGAGGGACUAUCGGCGGGAACGUCUUUCUGUCGAAGAGGCUCAGUCCUUACGUCGUAACCCGUGACAUUAAUAUCCUCCCCAGCGGUAGGCUCGUUCUCGAGGCCGGCGUCAGACUAGAGUUUCUCAUGCAUGUGGGGAUGAUGAUCCAUGGGCAGUUGAUAGCGGAGGGGACGGAGAAGGCAAACAUAACGUUGACACUACACGAACCUUCCCAGGACGUCGGAAACGUGCGGCUGGUGGACGGGAAGGGUCCGUGGGAGGGGCGAGUAGAAGUGCGUCGCGGUGGACAGUGGGGAACGGUUUGUAGUAAAGGAUGGAACGCCGCCGACACCAUGAUACUCUGCAAGCAGUUAGGCUACCCGGAUUACUACGAAUAUCUCUCCAAGCCUGGACCACCGUCUGCUCCCAUUCUGUUGAACAAUGUCUCGUGCAGCUCUCAAGACCACGACAUCGCCAAAUGCAGAUCCACGCCGGUUGGGAACAGCACGUGCAAACAUCAGGACGACCUGUACGUCGGGUGCCUCCGCGGCCACUGGUCGGGCAUCAGGUUUACGGCGUCCACCGGGCACAGUUCCCUCUUACAUACGGUCGUCGAGAGGGGCGGUGCACAGGACAACAACGACUCCCCCAUGGUCCCGUCAGCGAUUCGGGUCGACCUGCACAACCAUACCUUCAAACACGUCCAAAUCCGCGACUCUGCCCAGAUGGGUAUGCACAUCCUGUACACGCACCCUUUCCGAGACUCGGCUGAGGUCACAAACGUCACCGUGAUCGACAGUCCGAACAUCGGGUUAUCCAUGCGCUCGCCCAAGUUCAAAAUCAUCAACAGCACCGUGUCGGGUAGCGGGAGAGACGGGGUUGUCUUUGAGAGACCGCAACACCGCGAUCCAUACGUAACCGAUGCCGAGGAUGUCAUGCUUCCACAGUUCCGGCACAAAGUUUGCUCAGGUGACAAGACGUUGAAAAGCAACGAUUUCCUUUACGUAGAACUUGACGAGAACACGGAGUCGGUAUGUACUGAUACCAUCACGACACAGGAAGGCUCUGUAAUCGGCGUAGUCGUGCUAGAGGCCUUACUCGACCCAUCUGAAUCAUUAGUUGUUACGGCAGGAUCUCCGGGCAAUGACAGCGCCGCCAACAUCGUGGUCGUUACGGACGAUCCCCUGGACUACCAGACCCAAAAACUGGUCGCAAGUGAGGGAACCAUCACAGUAAAUUACAGAGGAUCAAGCAGUGGGUUUGGACUACUCCGGAUGCUGGUCCUCUCCAUUCCAGAACAGACGUUCUCGGGUGAAAGCGGGAUCCAGGUGGAGGCCUGUAACAUGUCCAACAACCGCGCGAACGGUAUCCGGAUCAACUUCCAGUCCAACGAAACGUUGACGACCAUCACGGAGACCAACAUCGAGAAGUCCGGCAUGGGAGGACUGCACGUGGAGAAGAGCCUGGGUAACGUGCAGGUGGUCCAGUCGGUCAUACACAACAACAUGUACAGCGGGGUGAUACUGAUGUACUAUGGCGGCGCCAUAGACUUGAUCAGGAGCUCGAUAACGAACAACACCAACGGAGUAGAAUUCUACGCUGGAUAUACGUGGCUAGGGGACCAGAUGCCGAAGAUAUAUCACACUGUCGAAGACUGUGAGAUCUCGGGCAACACGGAACAUGCCAUCAGCGUCACGACCGACCACGGCAGCGAGAAACUCUGGCAGUUGGAGAUUUCAGGCACUCGUAUUGCUCACAACCACGGAGAUAUCAUUCACAUCUACCCCAUGCAAUCUAUCAAAGGAAAAUCUUACCCCUUUCUGGUCUUCAAGAGGGUCGAAUUUACACACAACGAGGGUCGCGUGAUGAGCAUCUAUGGGAUGUACUCGGAAAUUCUCCUUCAGAACAGCACGUUUGACAACAACUUUGGCAGCAUCAUCGACGUACAAGACGCGGGUUCCGUCAAAAUGACGAUCAGAGACAACAAGUUCGUAUCGAACGACUGCGGAGACGCGGGUGUGCUGAUGGUGACUGGGAAGGAGAAGAGGAUGGCCAUCUCACGUAACCUGUUCUACAACAACACGGGAAGGUUCGUGGUGUACUUCCAGCUGUUGAGUCAGAGUCUGGACGACGAGAGCCGCCUGAUCACGUUCUCCCACAAUACCCUGCAGAGUAACAUCUACCGCAGACAGGACGUCUUCAGCGACCAGCUCAUGUCAUUCGCCUUCGGCAUCUCCGGCCUCAUGGCGCCCUUGUUAAGAUACAACAGAUUCCACAACGAAGAACUGAGAUUGGAGCUGUUUGUGGAUGUCCCCGCCGUGUCUGUCGACAGUGAGAUCGACGCACGUCUCAACUGGUGGGGCACACCGGAGGAGCACCUGCUCAUGGAGAGGAUCUUCGACUUCGAGGACUGGAACGAUCGCGCUUUGGUGGAAUAUUUCCCGUUCCUGUCCUCGCCGGCCGACGACGCCGUCGUCAUCGACACCAUGGCCCGGUAUCGCGGGGACGAUACGAUCCUAGGCGGCCGGUUACUGGAUCAUUCCACCUUAACAAGAGACCGCAGUCCGUAUUAUGUAUCCUCGGAUCUGACUGUGAUGCACAACGUCACGCUAUCAAUCGAACCCGGUGUAGAGUUACGAUUCGCCCCGAGGGUUGGUCUGCUGGUGCUCGGGUCGUUAUUAGCUCAGGGAACCGAGAAGGAGCACAUCACCUUCACGGGCAUGGAAGACAGCGAGGCGCGGUUCAUAACCGACACCUCCGUGUACGACCUGCCCGUCAGACUUGUGGGAGGAUUCUGGAGAAGUGAGGGGCGACUUGAGGUGUUUUACAGAAACCAGUGGGGGACGGUGUGUAAGGAUGGCUGGGAUUAUAAGGACGCGUUGGUGGUGUGUAGACAACUGGGGUACGGGCCUCCAGACCAACGCGACUGGAAGUUCAAAACCGAAGCCGCGGGGAGACCAGAAGGCCCCGUCUGGAUGGAUAACGUACAUUGCAGCGGAGACGAAGGCGUGUUGACGGAGUGUGCGUUCGGGUCUCUGGGAUACAGUCUGUGCAGUCACAGGUACGAUGUCGGCAUCAGAUGCGACGGUGGCGCUGUCAAAGAAAAGAUCCCGUGGGGCAAUGUCCGCUUCUCCGUCGACCAAGCUGUCUACGACCGGCAGGUCUCCGAGUCCUUGCUGGAGUUCGUGGACAUCACAGGCGGAGGGUUUCUACACCAGCGCCGCAUAGCGGCUCUGCAGGCCACCUACAUAUACCCAGACAUCAAGUUUCUUACCAUAUCGAACUGCUCUGGAAGCGGACUGGAAGUUCUUGUUCCCCAGACGGAGACCUCCAUCGCCGACAGCAUAUUUCUUCACAACCGCGGGUCCGGAGUAAACAUCAUCAGAUCAGAAUACGACCUGAGAAUCCGGAACAUCACAACCGUCAACAAUAACGACAACGGGGUCAGCUUCUCUCCUCUCGACAUCAUCGAAAACGAGAGACACUUCGGCUUCUGCUCCUUCUCUGAUCCCUCAAGGACCUUACCAGUUAGGAACAGAGCUUUUCUUCAUUACAAGUCCUCGUUACUUCGACAAGAGGUUGCCGAGGCCUACAAGAUCAUCAGGGCACCAGACGGCUUCGUCGUCGACAUCAGAAUCCUCACGGGGUCAUUUUACAAUCAGAAGAAGCGUAUCUCGUUUUUCAAGGGCGACAAAUUCACAGAUGAUGAACUGUUCAUCGUCAUUGACGAGAUGAACAACCCGAAGGAAAACCAGGUGUAUUCAACAGGAACAAACGUUGUCGGAAUCUCGUUCAACAACUACGAAAGGAGUCCUGACUUUGAGUUCCUGGCAGAGAUUGUGGCUGUACCAAUAUCAUACCCUCCCUGUACGUUCAGCCAGGACUCUCCGUGUAAGUGGAGGGACGUGCAUAUGGAGGAGAUCACACCGCGCAGCAAGUGGGUAAUCUAUGACGGGUCUGUAGCCAGUCAUUACUUCUACGGCACCAACUACGACGCUGGGGGCGAAUACAAAGGAAGAUAUAUCUACGUUGGAACUGGACUGGAAGACUUCGAUAAAGACGAGGCUGCCUACAGUGUCCUGUCAGGGCCGGUCCUGCCUGUGGAACUAGACCUCUGCACUCUAUCGUUCUACUAUCACAUGAGAGGUCCACGGACGUCGCUGGUUAUCUACGUGAACGACACCAGCGGGUUCCGUGAGAUCUGGCAGGCCCGGGAGAACCGCGACACGGACGGCUGGCAGCAGGUGGUCGUGCCGCUGUCUCAGAUCGUGGACGACUUCAACGCAGUCUUCAUCGGAGGCCACGCCAGGACCAUCCCCAGCCACGUCGCUCUUGAUAAUAUUGAGUUCAAGAAAUGCAGUAAAGGAAAGUUUGCAUCUCACGUAGUGUCUGACAGUGUUUUCGUCGGGAACAGGCGCAGCGGAAUCCAUUACUCCAGCACCUUUGAACGUAACCCGAAAGUCAACGUAGAGCGGAACAUCUUGGCGGAGAAUGGAGACAACCUGAUCGGCGGGGCCGACCUUUCUUCCGCCCUUGCCAUGACCGUUGGCGACGCCGAGUUCAUGAUCACCAAUAACUUGGUGACCAACAACCGAGUGGGCGGGAUACACAUUCUCAUGCAUUCGAGGAACCCGGAGCAACGAAGCAACAUGAUCGCAAACAACGUUCUCACCAACAACAGGGACAGCGAGGCCGUGCUUCUACGAAGCAUGGUGAUGCCGAUGAUGUCCAUCAACAUCGUCGGCAACCACAUCGCCCACAACGCGGCGAAAGAGUACCGCAGUGCGCUGGUCAUCACCAACACCGUCGCCAACGUCUACAACAACACGUUUUACAACAACAGCGGGAUGUACACGGUUGAGUGGCAGUACCAGGGAGCCAGCGCGCUCACGGACCCGACCGAGCAGCAGUACUUCGCCGGUAACCUCGUCCACUUCAACAAGGGCGAAAACCAGGCCCUGCAAGCGACCAUUGUCACAGACGGGCCGAUCAUGUAUCAGUCCAACUUCAUCAAAAAUCCGGCCAACGAGUACGAGAUCAGCCAGUUACAGUACCAGUACGAAGAAGAGGUAGAAGAGAAACCGAAGGGUGACGAGGAGCUUGACGAAGACGUUGAAGAGGAAGAAGAGGUCAGCGUCAUCGCUACGAACAACUGGUGGGGCUUCACCAAAAGACCGGAGGUCGCAGACAGAAUCUUGGGGAAGCAGAGAACCAGCAAGUCUAAAGUGACCUACGUGCCCUUCCUUACUGCCCCGCCCUUCCAAUAUCGCACAGAAAGCUGUCCUAUGGGAUGGCUUCCGCACGGAGGUAGCUGCUACACCUACAAACCAGAGGUGUUCACGUGGAAAGAAGCCGUCGAAGUCUGUUUGUCUGAUGGAGCAUCGAUUGCCUGGAUCACGGACGUCAUUGAGCGUGACUUUGUCCUGGAGAUGCUCCUGUCCCGAGGCUACAACGAAAAUUACAACGAGCCGGCCUGGGUGGAGGCAGCCAGUCAUCUCACCGCGCAGCAGGAGGGGUUCGCAGCCAGGAAUCGUCCGAAGUGUUCCUAUCUGAAGCUUCCCGGAUUUAAGGGCGAUGAUGGCCUGAGUCUGUACCCAGACUGUGAACUCGAGAGACAUCCUGUUGUAUGUAGGAAGGAUAUAGUUGGCAACUGUCCCAAAAACUGCUUCCACCACGGCCUGUGUAUGGGGACGUCCUGCGUCUGCGACAGGGGCUGGGAGGGAGACGACUGCUCCAAGUUCCACUGCAAGGAGAUCGGGAACUGCAACGGCGUCGGAGAAUGCGUCGGGCCGAGUCACUGCAAGUGCAAACCGGGGUGGAAGGGUUCCGCCUGUUCCAUCACGUAUUGCAACAGAUACGACACGUGCCGCUCGUGCACGCGGCAGCCGGGGUGCGGCUGGUGUGACACCACCUCCCAGUGCAUGGCAGGCUCCGGGGACGGCCCGGACAAGUCCACACCCACCUGUCCGUCCUACUUCUACUACGACUGCAUCACUGUCGGCGGGAUGGAGAGCUGCUCAGAGCAGAUUGAGCAAAUAAGUUGCUUGUCAAGGUACUGCAACAACACUCGUACCAUCUUGGACGAGGAGAUAUGUCGGAGAUGUCAAGACAUUGAGGGAUGUUACAAAGACAGCGAGCUUGGAAUCUGCCCCGUCUGGAACGAGCAGAGGUGCCCCAGUGGUUUCGUCCGUCCCGAUUAUUCGGACGAGUCGAGGAUUCUUCGAUCUCUUGUCCACAGCAACGUGAAGUACGUGGAUCCAAAGAAGGUCAUCCUGUACUCAUGUCCAGUGGAACCCAUACUCCGGGAGACGGCCACCGAUACCACCUUGUUUGUGGCUUAUCCUAAAAUCGACGCUUUUGACGGAGACAUCAUAUCCAGUCCACAAAGCGGAGGUGUGAUGCACUGGGUGGACAAAGUCGAAAACCUAGAGAACCACACCAUGAUUGUUGCAAAGCCCGUGGGUUUGGAGGACGUUGUGUCGUACGCCGACUUCAGCCAGAAGGUACAGAUGUACCGCGUCAACGACGAGAAGGCCAAGGAAGCCCUGCCGGACCACUUCUCGUUGAACUCCGUCAAGGAGGGCUUCGACCCCCGCACGGGAAGAUACAUCCACUUCAUGGAGGAUCGACCUGUAUACAAGUGUCUCGGGCGUGAGUUCAUCGACCUGAACACUGGAAACCUCAUCACGUCCUACUACAUGAUCAUGCCUGCCAACCCGGAGCCCGAGCCCGCUGUUAACCCGGGCGACCUGGUGGCAGACCAGGAGAGCCAGGGUUUUAUCGAAGUGGUGAAGGACUUCACGGAGGAGGACCUGGGCGUUUUCGUCCACACCGAACACAAGCAGUGCGAGCCUGGUGACGUCAGUUGGCUGGACGAACUUGAAUCAAAGAUCAGAAAGAAGCACAAGAGUGAAAUUGUGGAGGCCACGCUAGCAUGUACGGGUGGAGACAGCCGGCCGGGACUUCUGGUUCUGGACACGACUUCUGCUGAAGACUUGAACAUCCGGCCUGGGAACGUUAUCAUCGGUAGGACCACUGGUGCCGUCCUAUCACAGAUCAUAACAGUGAACUACGAGGAAGGUUUCCUGUUCCUGGAAUCCGUGGCCCUGACGUCAUCUUCAGACUACGUGGAGAAGGAGAAACUCAUGCUGUCAGACGGCAAGAGGAGGAAGAAGAGGGCACUUGGCUCGAGCACCGCCGUGGCAGACUUCGACUGGAACAGGCGGCUGAGAUCUACUUCUGAAGACGAGGAAGACACCGUUGACAUCUCUGCCAGCGUGAAGUUCACCCCGAAGUUAGAUCUGACACUAGCCGUAACCUCCGUGCCGCCUUACCUGACAGCAAUCGGUGCGGAACUGGACGGACCCAUACAACUACUGGCCAACGCCACGUACAGCUUCAAGGCAAGGAAUAGUUCGAGAGGAUCUCAACAACUCGCCAUCAGACAAGCCAAGAGUGCCUUAGAGUUCUGCAUCAUAGUGGGCCCGCCGUCUGCCAGCGUGUGCGUGCCCGGGAAACUGUUGUUGCACGCCGAGGUUCUCUUCAAUGCUGAGAUGGAGGGAGCUGGUGUCCUGACGGUCGGGACGACGGCAAACUCCGACGUGAGGCUGGGAGCGCGGUGGCGACGGAGUUCUAAAGGCAUGGACUUCUCCGAACCUGGGAAGCCAUUUGACGUUCGUCACAACUAUGACGUGAGUAUGCCUGCCGGUAGCAACGGGACCGUGACGAUCAGCGUGUCUCCCACUUUCUCGGUAGAAUGGCCGUCCUUCUCCACCCCGACUCUGCCGCCUGGCGUACACAAGGACAUCCCGGACUGGAUGAAAGACGCUCUAGGUUCUGCCGGGGCGGACACAUUCUGGACGGGAGAGCCCCUGAUGCAGGCCUCGGUGAACGCGCCCCUGGUGGCCAGCCUGAAGGCCAGCACCUGCUCGGAGCGCUGCAGUACCUCCGACACGCCGCAGUACGUGGAGAUCAGCGGCGGCGUGGUGAAGGCAGGAGGAGCUCUCAACAUCUCCUCGAAACGGUUCAACGACACCUUCCGAUCCUUCCAGGCACCGGACUACAUGAACAGCACUAUGGUCAAUAUCACUAGCGGCUGUGCCGGACAGCUGGAGCUGUGCUGUACCUGCCCGGGUACCGGUGCUCCAGGGGCGGUGAACCCGUACACGGGAGAGUGUAUGUGUGACUGCUACUGUGACCCCCCGCUCAACACCAGGAAGGGCACUCCGAUGCGAGAUGGGAGCUGCGUUUGUAACACUUGCCCGGGAGGACUGCCCAAGAUGUACAUGGAAGACGGAGAGAUGGGCUGCCCCUGUCUCUGUAACGAUCUGUCCGAACGGGAGAUGAAUGAAGAUGGCUCGUGUCCGUGUGAGUGCGACUGUCCGGACGGCAGUACAGAUACCAUCGCACCUGACGGCAGCUGUCCAUGCAGGUGCACCUGUAACAACUGCCAGGACUCCGUGCUUGGACCAGACGGCUGUAUCUGCCCUAAUGACGUGUGCCCGGUCUGUGACGAUGACCGGCUGCCGGUCUGGGAGGGCUGCAAGUGUUCCUGUCCAGAGUCGGAGGACUGCGGCAGACCCCCGAUCUGCGUGGUCGGGAGGAGGGGGCCUGAAUGUGACCAGCCGGACUGCAGCCCAUGUCAGGACUGUACAGGUAACGGAGUCUGUGCUGCAGACGUCGGUACGGGCUGCGGCUCCACCUGUCGCUGCCACCGAGGAUGGAGCGGACCCUGCUGCAACCGGCGCCGGGCCAGGCGGGCGUGGGGAGAUCCACAUCUGGAGACUCUAGAUGGUAUACACUUUGACUACUUCGGAAUCGGGGAGUUCUGGGACUGCAAGAGUCCCGUCAACGACUUCGGCAUCCAGACGAGGUUCUUUGCGCACGAGCGCGUGUCCCUCACGGGGGCCGCAGCGGUCAAGGCGGGGCCAAGCGUCGUCACCAUCACCACGCCGCCAAAGUCUGCGAACGCUAGCCACUUGCCUUUCCUAAGGAUUGAUGGUGUUCUCCAGCCUGUUGCCCUGGGACAGAGGUACACUCUCGCCAACAACACCGUACUGUUGGACGUCAGUAACCCCUCCGAGGGGAGAGAAGAAGACCCCGGGGCGGUGGUGGCGUUCUUCUCCUUCCAGUUUGUUUCCGGUGCCAGUAUUUCUGUGGACGUGAGGCACAGUCCCGUCAUGCAACGGAUGUACAUGAACGUUAUGUUUCUGCCGACCGCUGAGUUCAAGGGCAACACGGACGGGCUAUGCGGUACCCUAGAUAACGACCCGGCAAACGACUUCACCGGGCCCGACGGAGUUCUGUUGCCGGACGCCAUGUCCUUUGCGGAGUCCUGGCGCGUUAACGAAACAAACGAGGACGGUGGCCUGGAGGGCAGCUGGUCCUGGACAGCCUCCAACUUCCACCACGGCGAUGUGAUGGACCGCACCUACACAGACCCGUACUACGUCCCUCUCUACGACAUCUCAGACCUCCCGCCCAAUCGCCUCAAAGCGGCACGAGAUGCAUGUAUCAACAGAAAGCUUCCCAAGGACCUGCUGAUCAACUGCGUCUUCGACGUGGCGCUGACGAUGGACUCGUCCUUUGCCGAGCAGGGGCAACUGAAUCUCGAAUGUCCUACGGAAUGUACCGGAAAAGGUCGGUGCGUUGAAGGAGAGUGCGUGUGUCUACCCGGGUGGACAGGGCCAGAGUGUGAGACAGGACUGUGCAGUAACUGUUCGGAGGAACACGGGACGUGUUUGGACGGUUUCUGUCAGUGCGACGUCGGCUGGGAGGGACCAGGCUGCACCUGGGAAGCUACCUGCUACAAUGUGAACAACUGCACCAGCCAAGAGCACGGUGUGUGUGAGGAGACAGACGUGUGUCAGUGUAACGACGGUUUCAGUGGAAUCGACUGCAGCCUGCAGGCCACGUGUUACGACGUGGACGACUGUUCCGGGAACGGCGUGUGUGUGGACUUUGACUGGUGCAGGUGUAACGUCGGCUGGACCGGCGAGGACUGCUCCGUACAGUCCUGCCAAGACCUGGACUACUGUUCUGGCCAUGGUGACUGUGUUGCAUAUGACGUGUGCGCCUGUCAUCGUGGCUGGAGAGGUCGCAGCUGCGCCCUGCCGGACUGCCGGAAGCUUAGCCAGUGUUCCGGACACGGGGACUGCGUCGCGCCGAACCGCUGCCAGUGUCACUCCGGCUAUUUCGGGCGGAACUGCAGCAUCACGUUUGACUGCUCGCACCUGAACAACUGCUACAACAACGGCAUGUGCGUGGUGGAGAGACGGGAGGACGGGUCUGUGGAUAACGCGUGUCGAUGCUAUCCAGGCUACGGAGGCGAAGAUUGUGGUGAAAUAGCGUGUGACGAAGUGCGCCAGUGCUCCAGACACGGUGUAUGUGUGGAGCCGAACGUGUGCGAGUGUCACUACGGGUACGCUGGGCACGACUGCAGCCGUCCUACCUGUCAGGGGAUGCACUACUGCUCAGGACAUGGUGUGUGUGUCGGGUUCGAUGUGUGCUACUGCCAUGCUCUGUGGUACGGCCGCUCGUGCAGCGAGCCUGACUGUACGGGGGUGAAGCACUGCUCCUCCCAGGGGACCUGCAUCUCCCCCGACACCUGCGACUGUUUCCCCGGCUUCGACGGAGAGGACUGCAGCCGGACGUCCACGGUGAACGAGCACGCGCCUGUCUUCGAGCCUGACUACUACAAUGUGACCGUCUUAGAGAAUGUCCCAAUAGGCACCAAAAUACUGUCGCCCAACGGAUAUGACGAGGACGGUGGCAAGAACGGUUUGCUGACGUUCACGCUGCUUCCGUUCGGCGCCUACAACCUGUUCACCAUCGACACCCGGACGGGAGACGUCUACACUUCGGCCGACGUGGACUACGAGCGGCUCCGCAUGCCUGCCAUUCAGCUGACCAUCGUCGCAACCGACAAGGGAACGAACCCGCUAGCAGCGACGGCAGCAGUCACCAUCAACGUGCAGGAUCUGAACGACAACUGCCCCGUGUUUUACAAAACUAUCCCCUUGUUCCUGAACUUCCCGACGACGACCGAGCCGGGGACGAUCCUGGCCGUGACCCGGGCGCACGACUGGGACAGCGGGAAGAACGGGGAGAUCUGGUACAUCCUGGACCAGGACACCGACAUCAGCCUGUUCGACAUCCACUGGGACAGCGGAGUCAUCAGGAGUAUAGACCAGCUGCCUGCAGAAUCCGGCGAUACCGUUGAAUUUGACUUCUUCGGCACGCUGACUCCAGUCGAGGAAAACCCCGAUCUCACAACAAGGAGAACGACGUUGGCGAGAAACGGACAAUCAGAAUCGUCUCGGGAAAACGAGCUGCCCACAGGAGACCGGAGUUUGUUGCGGUCGGAGGAGUACGGCGAUUCGGGCGGGGACAGUAACAUCGUGACGGACCCGAUCCGGCCAAGCGCCGGCGUCGGUGCAGUCGGGCCGCGCAUGCAAUUUCCCGGCUGGAGAGAAACGGUUAAGUACCAACCACUGGCGGCGCGUGACAAACAGGACCUCCACACGGCCAGUGAGAACAGUGAAGACUUGUCGUCCCGAACACGGGAGACACUCGCCCAGUUUGCCGGAGGGGAGGAAACUGUACCUGUCGGACAGAAGACGCCGCCUGCUGCACACGGGAAACAGGGCAGCGGAAGCUCCGUGGCACGUAGCGGAGACGGGGAAGCGGUCACGCGGGGAGGGAAGAAGCGACAGCCGGCCUCUCCCCGACCUCCCACCCCGCUGCCAGUCCCCUCAUCACCCUCACCCACAUCCAAGCCACAGACCACCACAAAGUCGACGGGCAAGAAGAAGAAGAAAAGGCGGCGGAAGAGGCCGUUAAAAUACGACGGACCAGUUAGCCCCGGCGCCAUAGCCGGGGGUUGCAUGGUCAUCUCCAUGGCCCUUCUCAUGUUAGCCGUCAUCCAACGACAAAACCGUGAACGGCUGGAACGCAAAAGAAUCAUCAAGUGGAUAUCCUCCAUACCUAACAACCUGGCCGACUUUGACAUGUCCAACAUAGAACCCUUCACGGUUCCUAUAUCUCAGACUUCCCCACAAAGAACUACAACCAGAACUACAACUACAGUACAAAUAGAGUCGCAGCAACGGCAGCCUUUAGUCAGGCGCCACAGCGAGCAUCUUCCGAGGGACCAGGAGCGUCGGCCCUCGUCCUUCCCGUACUGUACUGCAUGCACAACUCAGUCCAGCCUCACGUCGUCCGAGAGUAGCAACCGUGCACUGCUCAGCACCAAGUCCGUGUCCGAGGCUUCUACCGGGGCAGUCACGGAGAGCUCGGCGGACUGCUGA